UUCCUCACGCGCCCCGCGCCGCCGAUGGGCCUACAAUUCCCGGCGUGCCUGCGCCGGGGAGGCCUACAAUUCCCGAGGUGCCCCGCGCCCCGCCGGGCCGGCCAGCUGCCGCGAUGCAGGUGUCGGCGGCGGCCGAGCGCAACAAGGAGCCCAUCCUGAGCGUGCUCCGGCAGUACGUGGACCCCGGGCGGCCGGCCCGCGUGCUGGAGCUUUUCAGAGCCGCUGGACACCUGCUCAAACCCAGUGCCCUGCUCAUCGCCUAUGGGCCCUUUGCAGUCAACGGCCAGAUCUUUCCCCAGAGCAAUGUGGACUUUGACCAGGCCCUCAGAAGCAGGAACCCCGAGUGGGGGCUGCGGGACACAGCUGUCUUGGAAGAGCUAGGCCAGGCUAAUGGCCUGCUUCUGGAGAAGAUGGUGGACAUGCCAGCCAACAACAAGUGCCUGAUUUUCCGGAAAGAGUAACCCUCUCCUUCAUCCCGCAGCUCUGCUAAAGGCUCCGUGGGGCAUAGACUAGACCCCAGGCUUUGCCCCCCUGGGCCAGGCCUUGGGAAUAACCAGCCUCAUGUAACCUGGCUCUUGGCCAGUGGCCCUAGGGCUGCCAAGAUCCUGGGCCCAGUAGGCCUUGAAUAAAGCAUUUCCUGUUGACCAACGGUA